CUUCUGACUUGGAAUCAUCAACCUUACCACAGGCGAUAAUGCCGAGAGCACCUUUCGGUCUAUACGAAAUUGUAUAUCUUCGUCGCUCUACCAUGUCUGCUAGCCGGCCAGAUUACCCUUCUUCUGUUUUUUCUCUUUGCAGAAAAUCAUUGCUUGAAGUCCAGAAUGUCAGCUGAAGCCAAGGUCGAGACGGGCACGCAACCAAACAUGGACAUGGCCAUGAAAUCAGCCGAUCCACAGCAAGCCAGUAUGCAUGAUUCCGAGUUCGGGAGCGCCUGGGCUCCACGUGGCCUUGACCCCGAGCUCGCGACAGCCAUCUCUCAGAUUCCUCCCGAACGGCGUGCUGAGAUCGAGAAAAGGGUGAGGCGAAAGCUAGACCUCGUUCUAUUUCCGACACUGCUGGCCUUCUACAUCCUCAACUACAUUGACCGCAACGCUCUCAGUUUCGCGAAAAUUGUUGGGAUACAGAAAGACCUCAACCUUUCUAGUAUUGAAUUUGCGACAUGUCUCUCUAUUCUCUAUGUCGGAUACUGUCUUUUUCAAGUCCCGUCCAACCUCAUGCUGUCGAAGUCUAAGCCGUCGCUUUAUCUCCCUUCCUGGAUGGGUGUCUGGGGUGUUGUCUCUGGAUGUACUGCUGCCGUUCAAAGCUACCACGGCUUGGUUGCCGUCCGAUUCUUUCUCGGCAUCGUGGAGGCGCCAUUCUUUGCAGGCGCCAUUUUCUUGAUAUCUAGCUGGUAUACGCGCAAAGAGAUGGCGACGAGGUGUGCUAUUCUAUUCGGCGGCAACAUGCUCAGUAACGCUUUCGGUAGUCUGAUCGCCUUGGGAGUCACGCAGAACUUGGACGGCGUACACGGGUUGGAAUCGUGGCGUUGGCUUUUCAUAAUUGAGGCCUGUAUGACGGUGGGCUUCGCUAUCUGUGCUGUCUUCCUACUGCCGAACUAUCCACACAACACUCGUUGGUUCAAGGGUGAAGAGCGCACGAUUGCCAUGUGGCGGUUGAUCGACGACGUCGGUGAAGCGGAUGACACACAGUCUGACGAUGUCAGUAUUUGGCAAGGCUUCUUGUUAGCCAUCAGGGACUACAAAGUCUGGUUUCUUGUCUGGAACCAUAUCUUCCUCACUGUUGGAGCUGGAAUAGUGGUCUUCUACCCGACUGUCGUUGGCACACUGGGUUUCUCACGAAAGAUCACAUAUCUUCUGAUCGUUCCACCAUAUAUGCUUGCCUUUUGCACAAGUGUCUAUGGUUGCCAUCACGCCGACAUCAAGAAAGAACGCACUUGGCACAUGAUUGGUUCCCUAUGUGUUACCCUGGUCGGGUUGAUCAUACUGGCCAGCUCUCUCAACACUGGAGCUCGAUACUUCUCACUAUUUCUGGUAACUUGUUCGGUCUAUAUAGCGUUCGACUGCAACUUGGCUUGGAUCUCGAACUGUAUUCCCCGGCCAGCACCAAAGCGUGCCGCAGCAAUUGCUCUGGUCAACAUGCUUUCUCAGCUCGGGAAUAUUAUUGCAGGCUACAUCUAUCCUGACAACCAAUCUCCACGAUACUGGAUGGCAUGCACCGUUGAGGGAGUGGCUAUUGUAUGCGCUAUUGUUACGACCCUUGUUUUCCGGACGAUCCUCAAGAGAGAAAACAGGAAAUUAGACGAGAAGGAACUUGCUCGGGGUGGAGAGGCUGCUAUCACUGAGGGGAGACUGGAGAAAGUCAGGUAUAUCUAUUAGAAAGUCGGAGCAAUGGGCUGGCGCCCCAUUCACCCAUCGAUCAGUGCCCAGAUGAACUGAGGGAGAAGUAGCGCAAGAGCUUGCUGCUUGACGAAGUAAACAGCGUGGAGGGUGAGGCAGAAGGCGGCAAAGUUGCUACUUAGCAUUGAAAGACGAGUAGUCUUCAUCGCUAACUAGUCAUACAUAAUCAAUCCCUUUCGACUCG